AUGGCUAUUCAAUCGUCGCCAAUGGCCUCCGUUACGCGCUCCACCCGGAGGACCAACACUGAAGGCCUCGUCCAGCAGCAGCUUCACCCCCAUCCCCUUCACCAUCCCGUCCAGGCCUUCGCCGCUGCCAACACGAACACUGUGACGCGCGCCGCUGCCACCCCCCAAAACAUCUCCAGCUACCAGCACACGCUGUCCGGUCGCACCAAGCGACAGCUCGACCAGACCGAUCAUAUCGUCGAUUUUGAACACCAGAAACCCAAGCGACCACGAACGAGCAUCGAAAUCCUCAUUCGCCCUGCUUUGUUAUCGAGCAAGCCUGCUGUCGCCAACGCGACGCCCACGGCAAACGUCACCCCGACUCCGCAUCCGACCACGACCACGACCGCGGCCACGAAGCCUCAGGUGGUUGCACCCCUAGCAAAACCCACGCCGAAACCCGCACCGCAAAACGUCGCGACGGUGCAUCCUCCGAAUCCAGCCGCUGCUGCUGCGAACAAAAAUGCUGCCCAGUUGACCAAGCAUCAGGAAAAGGUCAUUAAUGGGAUUAAACACGAGCUGGAUCGCCUGCAGCCCCGCGAGGUCGAUACCCACACAAAGGAGGGGGGCCGCAAACUGCGCUCUCAAGAAGCCACUCGCUUCAAGAGCGAGCUGUCUGCGUAUUUCCCCGAGUAUGACGAGGUUAUCGGCAAUGAACCUAAAGAACAGCAGCUUUUCACCUUCGAUACCCCGAUAGUCAUUUUUGACUCGUACCCCACACGCCCUCAUCCAGUCCUGUGGCACCGAAAUCUAGGCGCGACGCCAGACCCUAGUGCAGGACUUGAUGGCUUAGCAAACUCGACUGCUGGGCACAAUGUUCCUGUGCGUGGAUACGGCGAUGCUCUAUUUGACGAGCUUGUCGAUGCCCAGCGGAUAGACUUUGAUUUCUUGGGCAUCUCGCAAAAGCGAGAACCUGUUGAAGAUCCUCUUCCUGAUGCAUCCUUUAUAUCUUCCCACAAGAGAGCGGAAAGGCUGGAAAAGUCCAUUCGCAAUACCGAACGGGGACGAGCUCAGCAUGAGAAAGACCAGAUUGCGCGCCUCCUAGAUGGUCUCCAGGGUCACGACUGGCUCCGAGUCAUGGGCGUGAGUGGUAUAACAGAGACGCGAAAAAAGCAAUUCGAGCCAGCACGGCAGCACUUUGUCAAGGGCUGCCAAGCCAUCCUCGACAAGUUCCGCCAGUGGAGCUUAGAAGAGAAGCGCCGCAAGGCGGAGAAGGACCGCGCUCUCGCCGAGAAAGCUGAAGCAGAAGAGUCAUCAAGCGGGGACGAGGAUUCAUCCGCAGACUCCGAAAGCAGUGAGGACGAUGUCGAAGGGGAUGACGAGACUGGCGAUAUCAGCGACGGUGACCCCCCAGGUUCUGAUGAUGAUAAUGAUUCUGUUACCAAACAGAUUCGUGAAGAGGCCACAGAAAGGUCAAGAGGAUCGAAGAAUAGCAAGAAACGUCCACGGGCGACACCACAGCCACGGCCCCCUCCAAAGCCUGAACCCCCUCGAGAAUUCAAAUCCUUCUUCAAGAAGAGAUACGAGCGUGAGAGCGCUUUGCACCGGCACAGGCGUGCGGGCCGUAAGGUGGUGGCAUGGGGACAUCCGUUACCAGAGAUACCCGAGAUCGACUUCGAUCUCCCUGAAGAGUUGCGUGAUGAGGAGACACUGAGGGUACAUGCGAGGAAAAGACGUCGUGAUCGCCGUGGCCGAACCUGA